AUGGUCAUGCUAACCCACGCUUUGCGUGCUCUCUACGCUGAUGGAGGCGACUCCUCCCUCGCCCGUCGCUGGGAGUUUCGCGAGGAGUCUCCCGUCGAGGGUACCAAUCGUUCGCUCUUUUUUGUUAUGGGUGUGAUAGCCAUUCUCUCAUUGAGUUCAACUCUUGGCCUCUUGUCGUUCCUUACCUACCGAUUCAUUUACUGGCAGCGGUACUAUAAGCGCCCGCUUGCUCAGAACCAAUACGUCGUGCUUAUUUACAAUCUCCUGCUCGUCGACCUACAGCAAGCCAUUGCGUUUCUUAUCAGUUUGCACUGGGCGUCCCGUGGUAGUGUUCAUUUUGGCGAGGCCGCCUGCUAUUUGCAAGGAUGGUGGAUUCAGACAGGCGACCCCGGUAGUGGCCUGUUCGUCUUGUCUAUUGCGCUACAUACGGGUGCCGUGGUACUGCGUGGUCGCCAAUUGCCAUUUAACACUUUUGUGCUCUGUGUGAUUGGGUUAUGGAUGUUUAUUCUCAUCUUGGGAUUCAUUCCGGUUGGUCUAUAUGGCUCCAAAGUGUUUGUCAUCUCGGAGGCCAAUUGGUGCUGGAUAAGCCCCGAACACGAAAAUGAACGACUCUGGGGUCACUAUUUCUGGAUUUUCCUUUCCGAGUUCGGUACAAUCGUCCUCUACACGAUCAUGUUCUUCUACCUUCGACGCCGAAUGACACAAGCGAAGAUACUCCACCGUGGCCAGCAAGAGAGCCUGCAACGUCUCAACCGUGUUGUGAUUUACAUGGUCAUAUACCCUCUUGUUUAUGUCAUUUUGUCGCUGCCUCUUGCGGCAGGCCGUAUGGCAACCGCUCGUGGGAACUCCCCCAGCAAGACUUACUUUGCUGUCGCUGGCUCCUUGAUGGCCCUGUCUGGUCUUAUGGACGUUAUUGUUUACACCGUCACUCGUCGCCAUCUGAUCAUGGAUACCGAGCACAGCACGACCGACCGCUAUUACGAGAACACCGACUCUCAAUGGCAGACCAACAUUACCGCAACUGGUGGCAAUGGGUCUCGUUCUCGAAAGGGUGGGUUCCGCAUGGGAUCUCGGUUGGGCUCAAAGUUUCGGCGGAGUAUGCCUACUGUUAAUGAGAAAGAGGCCCAAAAUAGUCCAUUCGAGAACUCGACGGACGAUAUUGUCCCGAAGGAUGAUGAUGUGGAAAUGUCCAACUUUGGCGGUGUGUACCAAGAGACCACCAUUGAGAUAUCUCAUGAGCCCGCAACACCAGCAGACACUAUGGAUGAAAGUUCACGCCGGAGUGGCUAG